AUGUCCACCAUUCACGUCCCCCAAGGCUUUUCCUACGUGACGGCUUCCCUCGUCUCGACAAUGUUCCUCCUCUAUGGACAGUCUUCGCUCGUGUCUAAACACCGCAAACUCUCCGGAAUCCAGUACCCGCGUUUAUAUGCCGAGAAGGCGGAAAUGGAGGCCAACCCUGCUGCUCAUCUCUUCAACUGUGUGCAACGUGCUCAUCAGAAUACGUUGGAGAACGUUACUCAGAUGUAUAUCAUGACAGUUGUGCUUGGUCUAACUCAUCCCAAGCUUGCUGCAUCAGCCCUCGCAGCAUGGACCGCUAGUCGUGUUCUAUACACUAUGGGUUACGCAACUGGCGAGCCCAAAAAGCGCAACAGCGCCCUUAGCAUGCCACUCUAUGGCUUCGCAUUCUUCACCCUCUUCUUCGGAUCCAUGUACAGCUCUUAUACCCUUGUGGCUGCUGGUGUUUGA